AUGGCUGACGAUAUCGCUCUUGGUCCGCAGACUAACUUCAAUAUCAUUGCUGCCGAGAUAUUAAAGAUACCAAAUACACCUGCACUCGCUGGCGGUCAGCAACUUCUCGCCGAGCUCCGUACAAUCAGGGAGCAGUUGACGAGAGUUGAGAGAGACACGAGGGCAAUACGAGAAGACGUUGUAAAUGUCCGCCAGCAAAUUACUGCAUCGAAUCAUAAUAACGCAGUCCGCGUUCGGAAUACAUACCUUCGAAGUCAGAACGAAAAUCUUGUGUCGUUUGUCAACGCUACUACCGGUGCCGCUAUCCUUGGUUUCCCUCAUACCUCAUCCGAAAUCGAACGUAUGGCAAGAAGACAAUUAGAUUCGGUACUACAACAAUUGGGUAUUCCUACACAGGGUGCAAAUUUGGCGGAGAAGAAGCGGUUACUCAGAGCUCACAUCGGGUUAACAGAGGUCGCAGGUUCACCACCUCCAUAA